AUGUACUGCACCACGAACGAUGGUAGCAAGCAUUCACUGUCCGGUUCGAUUGGCGGCGAGUCGAAAGGCCACCCGCUCGGUAGCCGGGAGUUACACACGCACGACCUGUACGGUGACAAGGACACGGAGCUACACUUUUGGGAUGGGCGAGAAUCGGGCACAACGCAAAACACAACCCCCGUCAGCACCGUGCUACAUUCGCCCGAACCGGCAACGACGGACCACGAGCCGAAGAUACGGUUCCAGCAGCGGCACCAGAUACAGGUGGGCCGGAGCCCGGUCGGUAGCGGUGGGCACAAUGGGAGCAGCGAUUCAACUACCGCCUCCAGCCCGGUCCUGUUGCAACAGUGCCAUCAUUCGGCCGCCGUUGCAGCCAGCAACAUCGUCAUGAUGCCGACAGCGGGUUCACACGUUUACUCCACGCAAUCGAUACUUUCGGACGGUGAGAUUGUGGUGUUUGACGACAUCGAACCAAACUGGCCAUCGAGCGGUGGUGGAGGUGGUAUGCACGGCUCAGAAAUGUCCAUCCUGAUGGGCGGUGGAACCACUCCAAGCAAAGAAUCGCACACAGACAACGCGAACAAAAUACAGACCAUUAUCGGUGGUCUAACGAUUGCCGAGUACGAGGGAUCUCCGCGGCGGUUUGGCACAAUCUAUUCUAGCAACUAUACCACCCCGGACGGUACGAUACGUCCCGGGAGCAACAGUUUCCCACGGCCCGGGUUUCCAAAGCGCGUCGAAACCAUGUCGUCCGACGACGGACAGCCACGACUGAUCGAGCUGGGCAAGAGCAGCGAGGGAACGGCGAGCUUUUACAACAAGACCAACAUGAUGGCUGGCAACGAGCUGAAUUUUCCAGUAGAUACCAAAUAUUUCAACUGCAAACAGCAGGUAGCUUUAGAUGAGGACCUUCACCCUGACUCUGGUGGCAGUGGCAGCAGCAUGAUAAAACAACACAGUUUUGUUCUUUCGCCCGAAACGGACUACCGACCAAGAAGCUUUGCAAGAGGAAAAAGUGCCGGAGUUAAUGUUAAGAGCGAUGUAAAGGAAAUUCUCAACGAGCCAUGCGUAGAGUAUGAGGACAUGUGCAAUAGUAUGCCGAUACUGGAGGAUGGCCUAUCUAGUGGUCAUGCAUCCGACUCGGAAGGCAAUACGGUCACGAACAGCUGUGACGGUAACGGGGGCGGUAGGGGGGAGGAGGUGUUCGGUUCGCUAGGGUUGCAUAUGAUGCGAACGGAACAACACUACCACCACCAUCAGCAGCACCAUCACCACAGCAAUCACGGCAGUUCAUACGAUGGGUCGGAAGUGCAAAAUGGGCGCGACAGUCUAGCAAACGAUAUUCGGGAAGCGCUAAAUGAUAUCAAGUCAACGUUACAAAACACGAAAACGCUACCGGUGGAUGAGCGACGAGAAGCAGUGGACCAGGACGGGGAAACAAUCGCUCCAUACGGCGACGAUUCACCGGUGUGGGUGCUCAGAACUAUGGAUAGCCUUGCUGGAGAGCAGGAAAACACUGCCAGUUCAAACCCGCCCGAACGGCACACAAACGCACCAGAGCUGGAGGAUGAAACGGAUACCGAUUUGGAGACGGAUCGACUGUUAGGUCACCAGCAGAACACGGGCGAGCAGAACUAUUAUGAUCAUAGUAGCUCCGCAGAGAUUGGUGGUUUUGCGAAACCUAAAUCUCCCAAUUCUGCUGCCUCACUAGCGAAGCUUAAACACUACCAGACCGCUAUUAGGACCGACAACGAGAUAUACGUUCCGAGCGACAUUACGUUAGAAAAUUUACCGGAAAUUGAAAGCAAAGGAAGGCAUAAAACAAGGGAAGGACUGCUGGAUCCUGCAGUGCUCAUCGAAGGAGUUCUGUUCCGGGCGCGGUAUCUAGGCUCCACACAGCUGGUGUGCGAAGGUCAACCAACUAAAUCGACGCGGAUGAUGCAGGCGGAAGAAGCCGUUUCCCGGAUCAAAGCACCGGCAGGAGAGUCACAACCAAGCACGGAGGUGGAUUUGUUUAUUUCGACAGAGAAAAUCAUGGUACUGAACACGGAUCUGAAGGAGAUUAUGAUGGAUCACGCACUGCGCACGAUCUCCUACAUUGCCGACAUUGGACAGCUCGUAGUUCUGAUGGCUCGACGGCGCUUCGUUGCUACCGGACCCGGCACAACGGUGCCGGAGACGGUGGAUGAUGCGAGCGGUAACAAUGGGUCCGGCAUCGAUGCACCUCAGCAGGAUACGGGUACCGGGCCACCCAAUACGGAAAGCAAUAGCCCGAAGAAGCGUACCGGCAACCGGACGCCGAAGAUGAUUUGCCACGUGUUCGAGAGCGAGGAGGCCCAGUUCAUUGCGCAGAGCAUCGGGCAAGCAUUUCAGGUCGCGUACAUGGAGUUCCUGAAGGCGAACGGAAUUGAGGACCACAGCUUUAUGAAGGAGCUCGACUAUCAGGAGGUACUCAACAGUCAGGAGAUAUUCGGCGACGAGCUAGAAAUCUUCGCCAAGAAGGAACUGCAGAAGGAGGUGGUGGUACCGAAGGCGAAGGGUGAAAUAUUGGGCGUAGUAAUAGUCGAGUCCGGAUGGGGUUCGAUGCUACCGACGGUCGUGAUUGCGAAUCUGGCGUCUUCCGGUGCGGCUGCCCGGUGCGGGCAGCUAAACAUUGGUGAUCAGAUAAUCGCCAUCAAUGGGCUGAGUUUGGUUGGGUUGCCGCUGUCCACCUGCCAGGGUUACAUCAAGAACACGAAGAAUCAAACCGUGGUCAAGUUUACGGUCGUCCCGUGUGCGCCAGUGGUGGAGGUGAAGAUCAAGCGACCAAAUACGAAGUAUCAGCUAGGGUUUAGCGUUCAGAACGGUGUGAUCUGCAGUCUGCUUCGCGGAGGUAUUGCCGAACGGGGAGGCGUGCGUGUCGGUCAUCGUAUCAUCGAAAUCAAUAACCAAAGUGUCGUAGCGGUGCCGCACGAAAAAAUUGUAAACCUACUCGCCACAUCGAUCGGAGAGAUACUGAUGAAAACGAUGCCGACAUCCAUGUUCCGGCUGCUUACCGGGCAGGAAAAUCCCAUCUACAUUUAA